AGACAUCACGCGAGCCAUUUUUUUAGUGCUUGUUUUCUUCUGGGAGCGUCUGUUUUUCUGGUUUUUCUGGCUUUUCAUCCUUCUCAAGAUGUCCCGUUGCUUGUUUUUCGCCGAUCUGUCCGUGUCGUGCGCCUUUUCGUCACCUGUCGCCAAGCCACCCAUGAGAUAGAUGCCCAGCGAGUGUCGUUCCGAAACGCCCGGAGACGUUAGAGCGUCAGCCGAUGCUAACUUGCGUCGGCGAAGAUGUCUGCCGCCAGGAAAAGAUCGUCGGACGCCAAAGCUAUCGGACCGUGCCUUUGUGUCACCGAACUCGUGCAGCUGACUCAGUUGGGCAUCCCGCUGGAGCACGUCACCUGGCCCCGGGUGACGAUGACUUCGAACCAGUGGCUCUGCAUCCGACAUGGCAUGGCGUGCCUCAACGGAGCCGGCGCCACCGGUGGCGCAGACCGGUGCUCGGUGGUGACGGUGUUCAACCCGAAGCUGUCGGUGCCCCAGACGUACCGGGUAGAAGCACGCAGUGCCAAGAUGAACCCGGAGAAGCCGCUGCUGGCCGUCACUGACGAGUCGAGCCUGUACCUGUACAGCACGCGCACCAAGAAGCUGCUGCACCAGUGCCGGCUGAUGCAGGGCCUGGUUUACUGGACCUGGGUCAGCGCCUCCACCCUCGGCCUAGUCACCCGCCAGGCCGUCUUCCAUUGGGACCUCUCCUCCGCGCCCACGGAACCGACAUUUAUGUUUGCCCUGAGCGAACGUCUCCGCAACACGGAGCUGGUGAGCUACAUCACGGACGCGGGGUUCAAGUGGCUGGCUGUCACGGGCCUUUUUCAGGAGGAGAAGCUGGUGUCGGGGCUGGUGCAGCUGCACAGCGUGUCCCGGGGGGUGGGGCAGCUGCUGCCGGGCCAGUGUGCCCAGCUGUGCCGGCACCAGUUCCCGGGCCACCCCGUGGCCUCGCAGCUGCUCCUGCUGGCCUCCAGGGACUCGCCCCGACCCCUGGGGAAGCUGCACGUGGCCGAGCUGGGCACUCCCCACGCGGGGGCCCUCAGGGGGCCCCUUCAGGAGACCCUGGAGUUCUUCGACCCCCUGGACAAGUUUGACUUCCCCGUGUCCCUCCAGGUGUCCAGCCGCCAGGGCCUGGUGUUUGUGCUGACCAAGUGCGGGGUGGUGCACCUGUGCGACCUGGAGACGGCCACCCCACUCUGCUCCCACGUCGUCUGCCCCGACAUCACUUUCGCCGCGUCGCUCUCUCACGAGUGCGGCCUGCUCAUCGUGUCCCGCAACGGGCAGGUCCUGCUCGUGGAGAUGAAAAAGGCGGCGCUGCUGCGACGCGUCGCGGAGGUCGUCAACCGGCCCGCCAUUUCUACCCGGUUGCGGCAGACCCUGCCCUGAUUGGCCGCCGGGAGCGCCCGGUGUGGCGACCGUUUGAACUCUCGGUGCUGGAAGCUUUCAAAGUACCGCUCGCUUUUCUAGUCACCCGGCCGGCCUAGGUCACGGGCCGGCCGUCGAACCGUUCCUCCUUCGCCACUCCGUCUUUCUCCGGUCGUCCGCUUUUUGUGCGGAGUGGCUGGGCCGCACCCCGACUGCUAGUUUGUUCACUUUUAUCGUGCCGUUGUGCCGGUCUUCGUUGUGUUGUCGAGGUGCGUCGGGAAGUUGAGGUAAACCUGUCGUGGCUUCGGCUUUUAUGUCUGCAGAUCGUGCCUGGGAGUGACGAGCAGGCAAGAGAGCCACAAAAAGGAACUUCCUGAAUGUUUUUCCUCCUUUCUGAUAUGCUUGGACUUAAGUUCCUUUUAAACAUGUUUUGCAGGAGUGUUUCGACUUGCUCGUCCUUUUGUUUUUAGAGGAACCGCAAGCGAGAACUUAAUUCGGCCUAUCGGGGUUGAUGCAAACAUAUUUACCCGUAUUUCAUCUCUCACUCGGCAAGCUUUAACCCGCUCCAUGUUGCGACGAAUCUUCUUUUUUCAUAUUUCAUUGGACAGUCUAUGGAACCAUUGGUUGCAAGCUGCGAGCUCACAGCGAAGGCACUGUUGCGUGCACUCUAAUGCUAUAAUCACUGACAAGGUGAAAGCAGCAGGAGCGAGCUACAGUUGCCCCGCCUCCAGUGCGAGUUUCAUACCUUCGAUAGCGCCUCAACGACUUGUGCAACUCGAGCGCCGGGCGUUCUAAAAAUCCGCCCUGCCUUUAUCACCUUGUCCAUGAUUAUACCAGUUUACUUUAGCUAGGUACAAAGACUUCCUUCUGGUUCAUACGAAGCGUGCGUCGAUGAAUGCACGCUGGCUUUGUCUCAAGUUAAGGUCCGCACCCUGGGCCGUCCGUGUUCCAGACUGCACGCAGCCAUGGCCAAGCGAAACUGGGGCAUGGCAAUUGGUUCGCCUCGCCCGUUGCCGUGCCCCCUCGUACCGACGGCGGGAACCUUCGCUCGUCGACAAGAUCUCUCGCGUGCCUCCUCCACGCUCGCACGUGCACAUCUCGCACACAUUCUACUACUGCCGUCCAUUCGCAGCGACGAAAGCGGCAAAGCAUUUCGGUUUGUUCUAGUUUCUUCGAUCUGUGGCUGUAGUUUGCGUCAUUGCGUCGACGACUCGCACGCAAUGACUUACGGGACUCGAGGCUGCCGACGUGACUAUCCUGAAAGAAAACCAAAGCGUCGCUUAAUUUUGGUCUUAUUGUUCAGUUUUGUUUGUUUUGUUUUUACGUUUUGGAAAGAGUUGGCAAGUUGCUGUUCAGUUGCGGAGGUAAAUAGGCGGACUUUUCGUGACCGUCUUAUUUACAAUCGUUUUGGGUGGCUUCCAUUACGAUUGCAAAUAAGACGAAAAGUAUGUACUACUAAUCGUACCGGAAAUGCAUCCGAUACAUUUCCAGUACGAUUAGUAGUACAUACUUUUCCUUGACUAUAGUCUGUGACAGGUGAAGAGGGCAAAAAAAAGCCCCUUGCACCUCUUUCCGCUUGAGCAGAUUGAACUCUGGAAAAAAGGUUGCCUCCUCUCCACUGUUCACUCCGCUCAAGUGGAAAGAGGUGGAAAGAGCUUCCCUGAAUUCUUGACCUGUCACCAACUAUAGUUAUCUUACAAACCAAGAAACUAUAGUUAUCUCCAAACCCCCCCCCCCAAAAAAAAGAAUACUUCAAUUUUAUUUUUAUUUUUUUCUCAUUCGAGGUGCUAGAGUAUGUUGUCAGGACGCCAAACAAAUAAUAUUUCGCUGCAGAGUUGUCUUUUAGCGAGAAAAACACAAAGAAAUGUUGCACCAAUGGUGAGGGAAUGGCGCGGAGGAAUGUAAUGUCAUACACGCUGGAAGUCACGCGAUUGAGAAGAGGAGAGUGAGGGCAGCUUCGGAGCAGCUGGUUAUCAUGCAGGAAAAUGCCCGACUUUCAGCCACACCCAUUUCUCGAAUCUUUGUAGGUUGUUUCGCCGUAGCAACUUAGGCGUGCGUGAGUAUUGUGUCAAAGCUCAAAGGCCUCUCGAAGAUGGGCAUUGCCACCCUGCGCAGCAUCUAGCAGGUAGAUGGCUCGCUUCCUAGUGUUCUUUUGCAUUUGCGAGCAUGCACCGUCAUCAGCUUCAUCGCUGACUUACAUUGUACAGUGCAACCCACUUAUAAUGAAAAUGAGAAAACCCGAAAUUUCAAUCGUUAUAAUCGAUUAUCAUUGUAUCUGGACUAGAAACUGAUCAUUUCCAGUCUAGAAACUCUAGAAACUGAUCGUUAUAAGCGGUACAUCGUUACAUUUGGUAUCGUUAUGAAUAUAUUGACUCAUACUGCCGAAAUUUUAGAAAUAUGAAUGCCACGAUGGAGGCCUCUUUUUCUCAGGUUAAACAAAGGAGAUUUCAGCCAGUGAUUGCCAAACGUGACUGUAUCCAAGACCGGUCAAUCCGCAGGUGACAGUCGCGCUUUGUACGUUGCAUGUUGAUGGUCUGUCGUCUCGAAUUCCGCAGCUUUCCUGGUGUUCCCCGAUUUGAUGCAUUUGUAAGGCACGUAGUAAAACUGGGAUGUCGUCAAACUUGCCCCACGACAAUUAGAAUUGCUAAGGCUUCGCCGUGCCUAGCCUUUACAAGGUUAAAGAGCUCGAAGCAUGUUGCCUGCCUCUGCUUUCAUACUAGGAGGAGUAGCUAAGUGAACGCACUGCCACAUGGGCAAAAUGUGUAAAGCUACGCAUUGCCAUGGAUCAGGUUUGGUAAGGUAUACCUCAAAGGUUUGCAGGGUUUAGGCAGUAUGGCCCUGUGGCAUCGGGCUUUAGCUAGCAGUUCUUUGUUCAAGGUUGUGCAAAAUUAGAAAGAGUUUUCGUAUUGUGUGCGUUUCUCUCGCAAAAAGUUCCUAACUAGGUUUCCUUAUUGGGCACACUUCCUUAUGCGCAUAGAGUGUUAUCUUUUGUUGCAAACACUCCGUGCAAAUAUGUAGACUCCAAAUCGAAAAAGUUAUCUCUGCGACUGUGGAGAAAAUGCAUCAUUGAUGAGGUUUACAUUUAUUGUACAAUUGAUUAUUUGGCCCUUAGUAAGUUGGUUUCUAAGCACUGCGUCGAAAGGUCUCGCAUUGGCACGUUCGUCCGUUUCGUGCGUGUGUGUGUGUACAUUUUGCCGUUUUUGGGGGUACAGCCUGUUUUUAUAUGUAGGGUUACCUUGUUCCUCAAAUGGCAAGACAACCCCAUAUUUACAAUUAGCCAUUUUCAAGGCCUUGGAAAGCGCUGAAUGUCUGUUUGCAGGUGGGCCUCAGUGACAGGGAAACCAACGUUGUGAGGAUUCCACUCAAAAGGCUACAAUCCAUGCUUUGACUAUACUUGGUACACAUGUACUGAGAAGGCAGAUAGAGCUAAGCUUAACAGCCUCGAGGGAAAUAACAAACUCAAAAUUUAAAAAACUGACAAGCACACAUUAAAAGAAGUUCUACAAGCUGCCCUGAAGUUUGCUUGGGAAUACAGACUCAAAACGACCUUUCACCUUGCCACUGCUAUAUGCAAUACCCUAUAAGCUACUGUUGCCCUUAGAGAUUUCUGUACAAUUAGUACCUUGGGCCUCGUACUUGGUCAAGCGGUUGUUUACGCAUUCAGUUGCGGGCUCCAUUUUAAUGUGCGUGGCAGAACUUGAAGCUUGUGUUUCACGUCGUGUUUUGGCUCAUGCGUGCGCUCUUCUGUUCCACCCACACACAUUUCAUUCCUCCAAAUGCUCGUAGAACUGGUUGGACGAGUGGUGGUUGUGUGCAAGCAAAAGAUGUGUGUGUGGUGAGUGCUUUAUUGAAAUGAACGGUUUACUCCACGAAUAAUUUGCAUUAGCCGAGCAAGCGUUGUUGGUUUGUUUUUCACAAUGUUUUGUUGAGGUUUUUCUGCAAUGUGCCAAAUGAUGUAGUCACGUACGAACGGUGGCAUCUAUGGUGCCUAGGUAUUUUGACUACGGUUGUUAGGUGCAGGUUUUUGCAUUCUUUUUUUCGAGUGAAUUUUCUUCUGGUUUGUUUCAAUAUUUCAAAGUACUGUGAUGGAGCAGAUGGAAUGCGUCCAGUAUUGACAAAAACAAGCCGUUGCCUCGUUUCAGCAUUGAUCUAGUCUGACAGUGGCCGGAUGCAUACAUAAAAGCUCGCAUUUGCAACGUUCUCCGAAUGCAUACAUUCUCUCAAUGAAGUCUUGUGUUCCAGUGUUCCUUUCUCUUUAGAAAAAAUUUUUAUUGAGUUGCGAGCCUAUGCUCUCCUCCCAUUGCUCCAUAGGGUAGGCACCUUAGUUUUAUUUUGUACACUGCUUGCCCGGUGUUCGUUAUCUGCUAGGGCACAACUCUAUACUCUGUUUCACCUUGUGUUGUACCGCAGGAAAGGCUACAAGCGCGAGCUCCUUGCUCUAGGGCACAUCUCGGCGGCAGAAGCUCUCGUGCACCAAGGGUAGCUGCCAAUGCUAUGAGCUCGCGCUUCUAGCCUUCGCUGCAGUACAACAUAAGGUGAAACGGAGUAUGGAUUGGUGUAAAAUAUUGUGGAUGUCGGUUUGACCAUUUGUUCUGUCGGGAAUGCUAGCCGGAUGGAAGAGUGCUGUGAGUGGAAAAAUGAAAUUAAAACACAAAGUUCUUGCUGAAAAGUUACAUGUAGGUGUACAUACCCCCUGAAGUAAUAAACACUGAUGAACACACCAA